AAAUAAGUUUAUUUAUUUAUCUCACAUGUAAUCAGCUAAGCGGAGCUUUCAGCCAACUCAAAAUUUAAGGAAAGGUUUAGAGGAACUAUCUGGAAUUAAUGUAAGGAAACGAACACAGACGCGUCCCGAAAUAUCCGGUGAAACGCCAUCCACUUUCACAUGUAAAAUCCGUCGUAUAAAUAAAGGCAGCAUCAUUGCAUGCCAUUUCUACUCACGAGAAAAAUGAUGAAGAGUCUGCUCAUCAUCUUCUUCAUCAUCAUCAUCACGUCAGCAGAUGCAAAUCCAGAGCCCCUCGCACCAGCAUUGUAUGUCAUGGGCGAUUCCUUAGUCGACAGCGGCAACAACAAUUUCCUGCCCACCGUCGCCAAGGCCAAUUUCCCGCCCUACGGCAUCAAUUUCGACGGCCGCCGCUCCACCGGAAGGUUCACCAAUGGAAGGACCGUCGCCGAUUUCAUCGCGGAGUUUGUUGGAUUGCCAUAUGCUCCACCAUACUUGAGCAUUAGAAGGCUGGUGGAGUCGGAGCAGGCGAUCACCGGCUUGAAUUUUGCAUCUGGAUCGUGUGGUAUUCUUCCUCAGACAGGAGCUGAUCUGGGAAAAUGCCUAAGUUUCCCAGAGCAAGUUGAGUUGUUUGAGAAAACAGUGAAAGAAGAUCUUCCCAGAUACUAUAAAAAAUCAGAAGAGAUAUCAGAUUAUUUAGCAAAAUCAUUGUUUGUGAUAUCAAUAGGCAGCAAUGACUACAUCAACAACUAUCUCAACGAUCUCCACGACACAAGCAAACGUUACUCUCCUCAAUCUUUUGCCACCCUUCUCAUUACCAAUCUCUCUCAACAACUUCAGAGAUUGUACGGAUUGGGAGCGAGGAAAGUGUUAGCAUUCGAGAUAGGACCAAUCGGAUGCAUUCCCUCCAUUACAAGGCAAAUACAACACAAUGGACCAUGCGUAGAGGAUAUUAACCAGCUUGUAGUCCUCUUCAACAAUCAGCUUGCUGCAAUGCUUCAAAAUCUGACUUCAACUCUUCAGCAUUCAUCCUUUAUUCUUGGGCAUGUUAAUGGCCUUGGCUAUGAUGCUGCAAUUUCUCCUUCCAAAUAUGGUUUGAGUGAUUCAAGCAACCCAUGCUGUGUAACAUGGUUGAAUGGGACAUCAGGUUGCAUCCCUGGACUAGGUGCCCUUGCUUGCAAACAACCUGAUAAACAUUACUUCUUUGAUGCCUUUCAUCUCACUGAAUCUCUCUACAAACACAUUGCUACUCUCUGCUUCAAUUCCUCCUCUACUUGCAUCCCCCAAAACAUCAAGGACUUGUUGCUCUGACACAAACACAUUCCACCUUGUAACAUUCAUACACAUUUAAAUUUUAAUAAAUAUCUUCACCAUUUCACUA